AUGGCUCCAAUUGAUGAAGCAAUUGCAGAGUUGAAAUCCCUGAAGCCUGAAGAACAACCGAAUUUUACUUUUAUAGCGAAAAAGCACGGUGUUAAUCGAACAACUUUAACAAGACGAUUUCGCGGCGUCCAACAUUCAAAAGAUGAGCAAUAUGAAGACCAACGACUUCUUAAUGACCGUCAAGCUAAAGUGCUUAUUUCGAAUAUCAAUAGAUUAAGCGAAAAAGGCCUUUAUAUCUCAUCUGAAAUGCUUCAAAAUCUCGCUCGCGAAAUAAGCGGAAAGCAACCCGGAAAACUGUGGCCAGGCCGAUUUUUAAAGCGACAUAAUGAGGAGCUUAUUUCUUGCUAUACUACUGGAAUUGAUUCAUCUCGAAAAAGGGCCGAUUCAGCGUGGAAAUAUGCAUUAUAUUUUGAACUCUUGACUCGCAAGAUACAAGAAUAUGAUAUUCGGCAGGAAGAUAUCUACAAUAUGGAUGAGAAAGGCAUUAUGAUCGGAGUGCUUCGCAAGGCAAAGAGGAUCUUCUCUAAGCAAUCGUUUGAAAAGGGCUUAAAGCAGCGGCUUCAAGACGGGAAUCGCGAAUGGAUUACUACAAUCGCCUGCAUUUGCGCAGACGGGACCUCACUAUCUCCAGGGCUUAUAUAUCAAGCUGUCUCUUCGAAGCUUCAAGAUACGUGGCUUCAGGACUUCAAUCCUGACCUACAUACUUGUUUUUUUGCAUCUUCGCCUUCCGGAUGGACGAAUGACGAGCUAGGAUACGCCUGGCUACGAGAUGUAUUUGAUCGUGAGACAAAAGAGAAGGCGAGGAGGCGUUGGAGACUUCUCAUCCUUGAUAGUCACGGAUCUCACGUCAAUAUGAAGUUUUUCGAAUACUGUGAAGCGAAUAAGAUCCUCUUAAUGACCUAUCCGCCUCAUUCCACGCAUUCGCUGCAGCCGCUUGACGUCGGAAUCUUUGGACCUCUAUCUACAGCGUACAGUACGGAGUUAGAGCGAUUUCUUAAUCAAUCUCAAGGCCUUUGUCAUAUCACGAAAAGAGACUUUUUUCACCUCUUCUGGCCUUCAUGGGAAAGCGCUUUAUCACCUCAAAAUGUCGAGUCUUCAUGGAAAACGGCAGGCGUUUGGCCAUUGAAUCCUGAAAUCGUUCUAUCGCGAUUCAAUCGAAAAGAUAAUAGUCGACCUUCAUCUAGUGGCUCAUCUCGCUCAGCGCUAGGUGCAGAGGAUUGGAGAAAGAUUGAGAGGCUUCUUAAGCACGCUGUCACUGAUUUAUACGAUCAAAAGGCUGAAAAGUUGAAUUCUACGAUGCACGCUCUCUCUACAGAGAAUAUUAUCUUGAAGCUACGCUGCCAAGGCCUCGAAGCGGCCCUUCUUCAAGAGAAGAAGAAGCGCAAGCGAGGGAAGCCUCUCUUAUUCGAAUUACAAGCCCCUGAGGAUGGUUACGCGGUAUUUUACUCUCCUAAUAAGAUUCAGCAAGCUCGUGAUCUUCAAGCAGAAAAGGAUGAGGCUAUACAGCUUGCUAAAGCUUCAGAAGAGGAAAGGCUUCGUAAGCAGCGAGAGAAACAAGAUAAGAGGCUUUUAAUUGAAGAACGCAAGCGAAUCCGCGCUUCAAAUCGUGAAAUACGGCUCCGUGAGGCAGGGGUAAAAAAGCAGAAAAAGCAGGAUGAUCAGCUCGCUAAGCAAGCCGAUAUACAAAUUCAAAAUGACUUCAAUCUCGCUCAAAAAGGCAAGAAUAAGGUCCCGGCAACUCCAAAGGCAAAGAAAUCGGACGAUAGAGUUGCUAUAGACCCUGAGGUCGUUAAUGAGGCCCCCCCUGCACUAAAUCGUAGAGGCAGGCAGAUCCGCCUCCCACAGCGCUUUCGCGAUUAA